CUAACUUUUUUUUUUAUCGAUCUGAAUACAUGAAAUUGAGGGAUACAAAUAUCUUCGCUUCUCAUAAUUUCUCAUAGAAAUAUAAUAACUCCUUCCAUAUUUGAAGUUUCACAGUGAAAUCUGUGAAAGUGGCUCUAGGUUUACGGCCUAAACUGGGAUUCUCGUGUGCCUCGUUUUCCAUUUGAAUUUCACCUGAAACCCUUGAAUCCCUAAUAACUGGGAUCAGUCGUUGCUUUAUUGUCCCCAUCUCUGCAACGUUUAGGUGAGCCGAUCGGACCUCUGCUUCUCGCUCCGUCUAUUGAGACUCCUGCUCCCCAGCAGGUGCACCGAUGUGUUGCAGAGCGUCAGCACAACCCGCCCGCUGCGUGUGUUCACUUCCUGUGCUGCUGUUGUGGUUGACCCGGGACGAGAGCGCUGGUGACGAGGCAGACGCAGCACUUGGGGGAACUUUUGAGCGUUUCACAAGUGUAGCUCUAAACAGAACAAACAAAGACCGGAGACGGCCGACUGCUUCAAUGUAACAAUUCUCAAACAGGUGGUCAUCAGAAAACACAGCUUUUCUGUUUUGAUUCUAAAUGCUACAAUAUCACUUUCCAGACUGAGGGGACGGCGUUGAGCAGAAGAGAACGAUGUCAGCUGGUUCCACCCGUGGAAACGCGUGUUCAGGUGGGCCCCUGGACCGGCUGGUCUACAUCCUCAUAGGGGCCCUGUGCUUCAGCGCCCUGGUGUUCACGCUGCUGGGCAUCGCGUGUCUCAGAAAAUAUCGUUCUUUGGUCCGGACCAUUCGAGAGCUGCAAGGUAGCAAGUUGUUGCUGGAUGCUGAUCCUCAGCUGGAAGCUCCCAUCAUGCCUGUGGAUCCGGUGCCAGCAGCGGGGGAGGAGGAGCUUCCUCCUCUCAUUCCCCUCCGACAGAGAAGCACAGCCAGGACCUCCUCCAGGAGGCCGUGGGAAGGCCUGCAGCAGGGUCCUCAUGUCACCAAGUCGGAGCUGAACUUGCUGCAGCUGAUCAAAUCGGGGAAGGAGGGGGUCUUCUACCAGGCCAGGAUGACCAGAGGGACAUGUAAAGGCCACAGCAUAUUCACCUGCAAGAUCAGCAAGGAAGGUGUGCGUCCUAAGCAUGUGGACAUGGAGGCUUCCAUCAUGAGGAAACUGGUGCACCACAAGAACAUCCUGCAGUUACUGGACUGGAACACUACUGAGGAGCCUUACCUUCUGAUCAUGGAGCACGUGGGCGGUGGCACCCUGAAGACCUUCCUGCAGAGCAACAGGGUCCGCCUGAGUGCGGACCCCGAGCUGCAGAGCCUGCUCACCAUUGCCUCCUAUCACGUCGCUCUGGCCAUGCAGCACCUGCGCUCCAAAAGGAUUGUGCACUGUGAUUUGGCUCUGAGGAACAUUAUGGUCAACAAGUUUCCCUGGGAAGUGAAAGUCGGGGAGUUCGGCCUGGCUCGAGACCUCACGCGCAUGACGAGGCGCCGCAGCAGCCGCUGGAGAAAUCCACAGCAGCGUGUGCCGCUGCGCUGGUACCCACCUGAGUACUUCAAGAACAGCUACUACUGCUUCAAGGGAGACGUGUGGGCAUUUGGCAUCGUGCUGUGGGAGAUGCAGACAUUUGGUACACUACCAUACCCAAACCUGGAGACAUCAGAGGCAGUGGUGUACCACAUCUGUAUCGGUCAUAAGAACACAAACCCUGAAGGCUGCAGGCCAGAGAUACUCCAUAUCAUGCGAGACUGCUGGCUGGACCUGUACAGGCUGAGGCCCUCGUUCACGGAUGUCGUCUGCAUGCUGGAGAACAUCAUGGAAAGCGAUGCGGAUUAUGUGGAUGUUGAGAAUCCUCAGCUUUUGGUGAAAGAUGAAGAUGAAUAUCGGGAAGCUAAAUGUCUCCAGGCAGCCAGCAUCCUUUUGGAAGAUACAAGUCCAAUGUAAAUACCAAGGCAUCAGAAGAGGCUCAAUUCUGGAAACUGGAAAUCCCCCUGGGGACUGUUAAAGUAAUUCUUCUUCUGUAACUUAGAGGCUACAUUGUUCUGCUCGGGGUCUUCCAAGUUCUGUCUGAAAUAAACCGUCUGUGAGAUGAGAGCAGAGAGGACAGUAAAAGGAUGUACCUUCAUUUUCUUGUUCAGUAAUUAUUUUGUCAUGUUCUAUGUUUUGCUUUGUAAAUCUUUAUUUUAUUUUUGAUCUUAAAAAAAAAAAAAAAUGUAUCCAGCCUACUGAUAACUCAAUUUAAAUGUCAAUUUUCUAUGUGCCGUUUAUAAGUUCAUAUUCUUUGGUCAUAGCAGUUUUUUACUUUUUGAAAUAAACAUAUUGUGUUUUCUUA